AUGCAGUCGCGUGUGAACCUCGCCAUCAGAUGCAAAGACCUCGAUAACAAACUAAAGAAGGCUAUUCUACAAAUCUUCACCGAGCAGCUCACCGAUAAUAAUACGUACGACAAGCAACAGCUCUUGAGCUGGCUUGACAACGACGAAGAAUCCGAAGACUUCGGUGGCUCCCUUCUCAAAGAGCUGAUUGGCCGCCAGAGUCAAAACUUUACUAUUAUCGGCUGCGGCGAUUGCGCAGGAUGA